CACUUUUGUCCUCCGGUGAUUUUCUCACUUUUUCCUUGCCUGAUUUCUCCAAGUGACGGCAGUGAAGACUGAAGAAGAUGCUGUGGGUAGACAAGUACCGACCCAAAACCCUAGACCAGGCAAUUGUCCACCAAGACAUCGCCCAAAACCUCAAGAAACUCGUUGCAGAGCAGGAUUGCCCCCAUUUGCUCUUUUAUGGCCCUUCCGGCUCCGGCAAAAAAACCCUCAUCAUCGCCCUCCUCCGUCAGGUUUUCGGACCCAGCGCGGAUAAGGUGAAAGUGGAAAAUAGGGCAUGGAAAGUUGAUGCUGGGAGCAGAACCAUUGAUAUAGAGUUGACUACAUUGUCAAGCACAAACCAUAUUGAAUUGAACCCCAGUGAUGCAGGCUUUCAGGACAGAUAUAUUGUCCAAGAGAUCAUUAAAGAAAUGGCUAAAAAUAGGCCCAUUGACACAAAAGGGAAAAAAGGAUAUAAAAUCUUAGUGCUGAAUGAAGUUGACAAGCUUUCAAGAGAAGCGCAGCAUUCUCUUCGAAGAACUAUGGAGAAAUAUAGUGCUUAUUGCCGGCUAAUACUAUGCUGUAACAGUUCUUCAAAGGUUACUGAAGCAAUCCGGUCUCGGUGUUUAAAUGUGCGAAUAAAUGCGCCAACAGAAGACCAGAUUGUUAAGGUAUUGGAGUUCAUUGGAAAGAAGGAAGCGCUGCAACUUCCUUCUGGAUUCACUGCUCGUAUAGCUGAAAAAUCAAAUAGGAGCUUAAGGAGAGCUAUAUUGUCAAUAGAAACUUGUCGUGUCCAACAGUAUCCCUUUACAAGUAACCAAUCAAUACCCCCAAUGGACUGGGAGGAAUAUGUUUCUGAAAUCGCCUCUGAUAUAAUGAAGGAGCAGAGCCCAAAAAGGCUUUAUCAGGUGCGGCAGAAGCUGUAUGAGCUACUUCUAAAUUGUAUUCCUCCAGAGAUCAUCUUGAAGAGGCUGCUUUAUGAGUUAUUGAAGAAAUUGGAUGCAGAACUGAAGCAUGAGGUCUGCCAUUGGGCUGCAUAUUACGAACACAGGAUGCGUCUUGGGCAGAAAGCAAUAUUUCACCUUGAAGGAUUCGUUUGGUCACCUGAUUUGUUGUCCGAGAACUUGACUUGAGUGUGAUCGCACGCAACGUGAUGUAUGAGGAUGUGGAGAGUUGUUGUAUCAGAUAGUAUCAAGACACGGACGUGUAAAGGAAGAAAAAUGCAGGCGAGACAGUUGGCGCGUUGACGUGAGGCAACUGCCCGUUUGGCAUUAGCGGCGGUUGCACGGGCGUGAUUGAAGGGUCUGGCUGGCCAGAUCUGAUUUAAAGGCAGUUGCUAACUUGCUAUCCCACUUGAAAGAGAAACAGCAGCUCAUCAACAGCUGGACUAAAACUGCACUUUGUGAGUAUCUGUUAUGGAGCAUCUUAAUUAUUUUUAAUAUGUAUACACAUUUUAUUUAUAUAUCCUUUUAAAAAAGACCAUUCAAUAUAUAUAGAGAUUUUAUUUA